GAACUAUCAACCCUCUAUUCUUGCCUUACCCCCUACAACAUUUUUGUGCUUAACUUCAACAACAGAAUCACAUACAUAUCCCCCCAAAAAACCAACCCCUCCUACAAAGCUCUUACAUAAUGACAAGAUAAAAUGGGAAAAUCAAUCCUCCUCAUCAACGGCCCGAACCUCAACCUCCUGGGCACUCGUGAACCCCAUAUCUACGGCACUACCACCCUUGCAGAUAUCGAAGCCUCCAGUAAAGCCCACGCUACCUCAUUCGGAGCCACAUUAGAAACGUUCCAGUCCAAUCACGAAGGCGCAAUCGUUGAUCGCAUCCAGGCUGCUCGGCAUAACGUUGAUGGAGUCAUUAUUAAUCCUGGAGCUUACACGCACACCUCAGUGGCUAUCCGAGAUGCCUUGGUGGGGGUGGACAUCCCUUUCAUUGAGUUACAUGUGAGUAACGUCCAUGCACGGGAGCCAUGGAGGCAUCACAGUUAUUUCAGCGAUAAGGCAGCCGGAAUUAUUGUCGGGUUGGGAGUUUAUGGAUAUAAGGUUGCGGUGGAGCAUGUGGCGGUGAAUUUCAAGUCGAGGGAGGGAAAGGCUGUACUGUGAACGCUAAUUACCGUUAAUUCGCAUGAAAACCUGGGCA